GGAAAGGUAUCACAAGUUAAAUACAAGUCAUUUGGCAUUUUAACUAUUACUCGUGGUGUACCAGUCUUCAGAGCCUUUCGCCUUUGCGCACUUGGAGAGGUCUGGAGGAUCUUGGUAGAACGUUCUUGUAACGUUUUACAGGGCAAACAUGUCAGAAGAGAAGAAGUCUUUGACCGACCAUCAGUGCAGUCCAGCAGCCAGCGACAGCUCCAUGUCCCAGCGUGGAACCGGUUUAGAGUCCCCAGUUUCUCCAGUGGGAUCGGACGCACACGGGACAGAGUCUGGGAUUACGCACAAAUCGGAGACCAGUCCGGAGGAUGAGCGAUUCCCCGCCUGCAUCCGCGACGCCGUGUCUCAGGUGCUGAAAGGUUAUGACUGGUCUUUGGUACCAAUACCCAGUCAGGGAGACAGAGGGCUGAAGAACAAACCUCACGUAAAACGGCCGAUGAACGCGUUUAUGGUCUGGGCACAAGCAGCGCGGAGAAAGCUGGCGGACCAGUAUCCUCAUCUGCACAACGCGGAGCUCAGCAAGACGCUUGGCAAACUGUGGCGGCUUCUGUCUGAAACAGAGAAGCGUCCCUUUGUCAAGGAGGCAGAGAGGCUGAGGCUGCAGCACAAGAAAGACUAUCCAGACUACAAAUACCAGCCUCGAAGACGCAAGAGUGCCAAACCAGGUCAAGGGGACUGCAGACCCAGACUGGUCCAGCAGCAGCAGGAUCAGCAGGGCUUGUACAAGGCAGAAGCAGAGGUUGCUAGGCUCGCUGGGACAGUGGAAGUACACCAACAUUUCCACCCCAACAGGACAGGUCAGUCUCAUGGACCUCCAACACCUCCCACUACCCCUAAAUCUGACCUGCACAUGGGGAGCAAACAAGACACCCCCCGGCCCGCGGACAACAGCACUGCCCCUGGUCUUCCUACCAGCCGUCAGAACAUUGAUUUCAGUAAUGUGGAUAUCUCAGAACUUAGCACUGAUGUCAUCAGCACUAUUGAUGGAUUUGAUGUUCAUGAGUUUGACCAGUACCUGCCUCCAAACAGUCACAACUCCACUGUUCUAACCCCACAGGAUAACAGCCAUGUACAUAACAUUCUACCCAGCAUCCAUUCUCACUUCCACAGCAUUCCCAGCUGGACGCCCAAAACAUCUGGUGGGACGUCCUCUGGUAUGCCAUCAUCCUCAUCCAGUCCUGACACCUGUGGGCUUCACAAGGACACCAGCCAAAAGCCACAAAUUAAAACUGAACAAAUGAGCCCAGAUCACUACAGCAACUCCUCCUCCUCUACUCCCCCACCGCCACCACCUGAGUACACCUCCCUCAGCACUUCCUCCACAAACCAGUCUGACUACACUGAUCUUCAGAGCUCUGGGUUCUACAGCGCCUUCUCUGGGUACCCUGCUAGUCUUUAUCAGUACCCAUACUUCCACUCCUCCAGAAGGCCCUAUGCCACACCACUCAUCAACAGCCUGGCCUUGGCACCACCUCCACACAGUCCUCCCUCUGGCUGGGAGCAACCUAUCUACACACUCACCAGGCCUUAA